GAACUCCUGCAUAUUUUCUGCAUCUGACAGACACGCAGGCUGCUCGCCGUCCGUCCUCUGCUCGCUGGUCAGCGGCAAAGCUGGUACCGAGCGGAUGGCCCUUGCGUUCCCGUAGUUUUAACGCGGUGCCUCGCUGAGUGAAGUGCGGGCGGCCGGGAUCUGGGAGCGGGCUCCGACCCUCCUGCGGCCGCCGGCUUUUUGCCAUGCCUGCAGCUGUGACAAAGCCGUGAGCACCAGCAUCACCUGGGGCUUGCUUCUGAAGUUUCUUGGUGUCUCAAGUCAGUAGGACUGAUCUGAAGAGCAACCUCCUCAAAUUUACUGCACAUCUGACAGCUCUGUCCUGAGCUGCUACAGAAAUGUCCAAGUUGGGAGCUCACUGUACCACUCUGCAGCUGAUCCACCUCUUCCCCACUGGUUUGAAGGGCACUGAAUGCUGAGCCUGUAUAAGGGGACACAGGCUGACAGGGACCCAAAAGCAGGACUCCAAAAAUCCCUCGAAAUAACAGAGACUCGACAGCUCAGCCUCCGUUUUCAAUGAAGGUUUCCAGUCCUCAAUGCACCUGAGUGGGGCUUGCAGCUUGUCCUGUCCUCGUGCUGGAGCUGCCCCGAUGUGCGCUGCUCUUCGGAAGGGAUCUCGUGUGCUCCGAGGUGUCUGCCCUGGAAAUGCCGCGUCCUGGAUGCUGCAUCCUCCCCAUUCUUCGGAUGGCUUUGAGACUGCUACAUUCACUUUCUGACGUUUAAGCAACUUUUGAAGGAUGCAGACACGGGCAUUGUAUGCUGUCUCGCUAACAAGGAGUGGACUUCUCAAAAGCCUGCAGAGGAGACACAGGAUCUUCAAGCAAAUCCUGGCAGCUGGAGUUUCCCGAUAGCAGAUAAAAUUAUUUGACCACCAUGAGUUGGAGUUUUCUGACCCGUCUGUUAGAGGAGAUCCACAAUCACUCAACCUUUGUUGGCAAAAUCUGGCUGACAGUGUUGAUUGUAUUUCGGAUUGUCCUAACUGCUGUGGGAGGAGAAUCCAUUUACUAUGAUGAACAAAGCAAGUUUGUGUGCAACACAGAGCAGCCUGGCUGUGAGAAUGUUUGUUACGAUGCUUUUGCUCCUCUUUCGCACGUGAGAUUUUGGGUGUUUCAGAUCAUUCUUGUAGCCACUCCGUCUGUGAUGUAUUUAGGCUACGCAAUUCACAAAAUUGCCCGGAUGGUGGAACACAGCGAAGCUGACAGAAGAAUCAGAAGUAAAAGCUUCUCAACGCGCUGGAAACAACACCGUGGCUUAGAGGAAGCUGAAGAUGACCACGAGGAAGACCCAAUGAUGUACCCAGAAAUAGAGCUGGAAAGUGAACGGGAGAACAAAGAGCAGUCAGCCCCUGCCAAAGCUAAGCAUGAUGGCAGGCGACGAAUUCGUGAAGAUGGACUCAUGAGAAUUUACGUGCUGCAACUUCUGGCAAGGACUACGUUUGAAAUUGGAUUUCUUGUGGGUCAGUAUCUGUUGUAUGGUUUUGAGGUCAGCCCCAUAUUUGUGUGUAGCAGAAAGCCGUGCCCACAUAAGAUAGAUUGCUUCAUUUCAAGGCCAACUGAAAAGACCAUUUUCCUGCUAAUAAUGUAUGGGGUGAGCUGUAUGUGUUUACUUUUGAAUGUCUGGGAGAUGCUCCAUUUAGGAUUUGGCACAAUCCGGGACACAUUAAACAACAAGAGAAAAGAGCUGGAAGAUUCUGGUACUUACAACUACCCUUUUACUUGGAAUACACCAUCUGCUCCUCCUGGCUAUAACAUUGCCGUCAAGCCAGAUCAAAUCCAAUAUACUGAACUGUCCAAUGCCAAAAUGGCCUACAAACAGAACAAAGCCAACAUAGCUCAGGAACAGCAGUAUGGAAGCAACGAAGAAAACAUUCCUGCUGACCUGGAAAAUCUGCAGAGGGAAAUUAAAGUGGCUCAGGAACGCCUGGACCUUGCGAUCCAGGCUUACAACAACCAAAACAAUCCCAGCAGCUCCAGAGAGAAGAAGUCCAAAGCAGGCUCAAACAAAAGCAGUGCCAGUAGCAAAUCAGGAGACGGAAAGAACUGUGUCUGGAUUUAACGUUGGCUGAGUUAAUAUAUUUUUUUCUCCUAGUUUAUCAUAACCAGCAACCCCUUGAAUAAUGGCUUCCAUUAAGUAAAUAUUUGGUUCUGCUUAUUUUCAGGGAUACCGUUGGCUAGUGAUUCAAGCUCUAAGAAAGUGUUUAUACGCAUAUGCUAGGAUUAUAGAACUUUAUUCUUCUGCCUUCCAAGCCAGGAGACAAAUAGGUAUAUUUAAAUCAUUCUCAUUGAACGGUUUAUGCUGUAUGUACAGUAUUAUAGUACAUUUAUUAUGCACAAUUUUUGUAUUUGUACACUGGAUCUCUGAAGUUACACAUUUUUAUAUUAAAAAGGAGAAAACAGUAGGUAGUUGUUAGCAUUUUGCUAGUUUUAUUACUGUGGUCCGCAGGUUUGUUGUUGUUUUUUGUUUGUUUUAAAUGUAAAAACUUUCUAUGCUGCAUUUCAGAAGUGCCUUGAACAUGCACACAGCACAGAGGAGUCUCCAGUUAUCCAGGCAGCCCACGGGUGCCAGUCACUUCAUAGCAGAGCAGAGAAAGAUUUGGAAAACAUCUGCUAAUGGUGCUCUUGACUGUAUCUUUUACAAAAAUGAUGUGCUACUUACAAAACGGAAGUGUCAAACUAUAGCUAUUAUGUGCUACAUUUUUUUGUCCUAUGGAAAAUGGGGGAAAAAAUGCGUGUGUGUUAGAGUACUUGUGUUCAGAGCAAGCCUGCCAGCCAUAAUGCAGAGUGGAGUCAGACCUCCCUGCAAGCUUUAUUCAACAGGAGGGAAGAGAGACUUCAAACUCCUGUAAAACAUUCAGAAAAAGUAAAUAGAAACUACUGUAUUCAGUAAUUCCACAUAUUUAUGUGAUAUCUACGGAAAGAUGUUUCUGAGGUCUCUUGUUACGCAACACCCCGCUCCCCAAGGGCAUCACGUUGUUACAAUACCUUUUGGGUAAGAUUUUUGUAUUUUCCAGAGUAAUCUGGUUAGAAGGAGUCAUGUUAAUUUUGUUUCUCGAUGCAUUACAUUCAAGAAAUAACCUUCCUCCCCCCACAACCCUGUACACACAAGCUGUCUGCACAAGUUCUAUUACAAAGCCCUUUCCGAAUAUGAAUGAUAAUGCCUUAUUCCAGGCCCCUCUUCCUUCCAUUAUGUCCGAGGAACUUAGUUCAGACAGAGCAAUAUGUAUAAUUUAGAUUUCUGCUUGAGAGACCAGUCAGAUUUGGCAUUCUGUGGUUUUGGCAUUAAACUUGAAUUUAUAAUUAGAAAAAGGAGAACGCGGUAUUCUCCGCCUCUGGCGGUGUCUUUUUGGCAAGGAUGAGCAUUAAUAUCUGAGGGAUGCUGGUAAAUGUGUAUGCUUUUUGCUACUAUUUAUAAUGUGUUCAGGGCCUUGCUCUGUUUCCUCUUCUGUUAGUUUUUUGUGUAUUUAAUUUAUUUUGGGGGCCUGCUUCCAGUGGGAAGGGGACUGUUCUGUUUCAAGGCUACCUCAGUCCGUAGUGCCCUUGUUACGGUCUGACCAGGAACGGGACUGAGAAGUAAAGCUACACAGAGAACGUGUAAACCUGUACUCCAUUCCUGUCUGCAGAACAGCUAAGCAUAGGCUUUAUGUUAAAUAUAAACUAAGGAUAAACAGGCAUGUGCUUGCGGUUAUCAUCUACCCAAGCACUUGCUGAAAAUAGAUAUUUUGCUGAAUUGUUUUCAGUCUGUUUUUGCUCCGGGACACCAGACAGUCGGAGUGUCCAGGCAUAGAUAUCUCUCCCAGCUAUCUCUCAGCUCUGCUUUAGAGAGACGUAAGUGCGCCCAGAGCCAGUGCAACCCUCCACAGAACGUCAGCUAGAGCUUCUCCAGUUUGCGUCCAGCAGAGAGGUUUGGAAGAAAACUUGCUUUCUGGCUUUUUGUUUAACAGCACAUCCUGGGCUCUGUGCUGGGAGAGGAGUAACCUCUGAAUUUAACGCAGAGAAGUUUCAGGGUGAUGUCUUUUAGAUGAUAAACUCAGUAAGUAUAUACCCACUUCUAAAAGCUGAAGUGGAGUUUCAGGCAGGGAUGGCUAGCUGGUGAGAUGGGACUAGCUGUGCGGGGUGAGAAAGUUUAUUAAUAGUGUUCCUCCAGUUAAACAGGAGUCUGAAGAGAAGUGUGCCGCCUGAGGAUGGGCAGAGAGGCUUUGCCAGCAAAGAGCUGCAUGUGAUGGAGAAGUUGGGUGAAAAACAUGUUGUCAGAAAGUACUAGGGAAAGACGUUUGGAGCCUGGAGAUAAACACAGAUUCAUGGCUACAUUCCACUCAUUAUCCCGAGCACUGCAUCUCAGUUGUUCUUUUCAGCUUCCCAAAAGGGUUACAUUGCCCUUAACCCCUCGCGGUGGUUUCAGAACUCCCUUUCAUCAGCUGAAUGGCAAGAAGCUAAAAUUCUUCCCCCCUGUUGCUCUCUAUGCAAACUGCAUCAGUGCAGCCAUUUCUUGUUAAUGGCAUAAAACCUGUUUGCAAUCAGUUCACAACAGCUGCUUCACCUCUUGUUUGUAUUAGCCCUUUCCUAAUUCAUGAUCUAAACCAUUACGUGCAUAAAGUUACCGUCUCAGGUCAGUCCUGUGAGCUUUUGUCCAAACCACUAAGUAAUUCUGUUAGCAAGCAAAGUGUGUAGAGUAUUUCAAUCCCAACACUAAGUUCAUUCCAAAAAUGCAAAGUGGUGGAUCUGUUUUUAUUACUGUUUUGUUUCCAUUUUAAUUGUGUAUAAAGUGCACAUUUUCUUUGAAACUGUUAUUAGUAGAGGAUGUAUGUUGAAGCUCUAACUGUUCAUGUCUGUGACUGUAUUCAGUUUCAAAGUAUUGGGUUGGAUUUUUUUCCUUUUGAAGAAAUGAUACAUGCAUUACUUGAAAAUGCUCUCUUGCUUUGGCUUAAUGUAGCCAUUCUGAAAUAAAUAUUCAGAACAGUCUUUUGGACAAAGAAAACACUGAACAUAACUUGAGUUUGUGUUGUCAUUCUCUGGUUUUGGAUGCAGUUUGGAAAAAAAAGUAUUAAAUCCAGUGGAUUACUGAACAUCGUCUGAGAUGACUUCUUUUUCCAACAAUGAAUAUGCUUUGGAUAUGAGAGUGAAGAAGAGGGGUAUUUCAGUGAUUUGUAUUGGAACACAGCUUGAAGUUUUUUAAAAUUUGACCUUGUUCAGUAUAAUAAAGAGUCAGUUUGU